UAAAAUAAAAUAACAUUAAAAAAAACUUCCUCUGAGGAUGCUAAUUUGUCCGGUAUUGUUGUUUUUUUGGCAUGUGAGGCAAGGAUGGGGCUGUAGCAAGCAGGAGUGCAGAGGUGCGGGAUUGGGGGCGGGGCGCGGUGAGCAGGGGGUGCUCUGGGGUGAUUCGAGCACAGAAAAGGCAGGGGAUUUAGUGGAGAAGGCGCGGGAUUGGGGCCAGGCUCGGUGCAGGGCAGGUGCAGGAAGCAAGGCCGGGCGGCAAGGGCAGGGGAUCUGUGGGGCGCAGAGGAGGGCUGAUUCUGGUUCGGUGCAGAGGAGCUGGCCGCAGGGCUUGGGGCGCAGGGAGAAGGCCGGGGUGUGUGGGGAAGAAGAAGUUUCUGGAGAGCAAAAGAUUUAAUCUUUUUUUUUAUUUUAUAUAUUUUUUUUAAUCUGAUUUUUUUUUUUUUUUUGGUUUUUGGGUUAAAUGGGUUUUGGGUUUUGGUUUUGGUUUUGGGUUUGGGUUUUGGGUUUUGGUUUUGGGAUUUUGGGUUUUUGAUUUUCGACUUCAAUGCAUUUUACCCUUCAACUUUUCAUCUCUUCAAUUAAGUCCCUUCUUUCUUCUUCUCCCACUUUUUCGUGACAUUUCCUUUUUGCUCGCCAACCUAACAAUGAAAGUAAAAAUUGAAC